AUGUUCCCCCUCGUUCUCAUUAUCAGCACACUGCUAUGCCCCUCGUUCGUUGCAUCUACUGCAUCUCCGGUUGUGACACCCGCUGCCGUUGCAGCAAAGUACAGUCUUUCGGCCAGCACGUCCCUUCCCUUCCCAACUGCCACUCUUUCAUCCUCGGAUACGCAGUCCUAUCUGUCAUCCUCUUGGCCCCUCCAAGGCGGCAUCGACCGUGGCAUGUACCUCGCGUUCGUCGACGACCCAUUCCCCACAUCGUCCCCGUCCUCAUCUGCAGGAAUUCCCGAGCCGACCGGUCCAGUCCUCCAGGUCACGUAUCCCGCCGGCAGCUACUCCAACAACACGGGCGGGGCCCAGUUCUACGCGGCCUGGGGGGGAUCGAAUGGUGCGCCCUUCAAUUCGAUGGUCCUCACGUACGAGGUCGCGUUCGACAGCGACUUCAACUGGGUUAUGGGCGGGAAGCUCCCUGGGCUCCGAGGCGGGCCUGAUGACGACGGCUGUUCGGGCGGCUCCGGGGCGAACGGCUCAAAUUGCUUCACUGCACGCUUGAUGUGGCGCACAGAUGGACAAGGCGAAGUCUACUCGUAUUUCCUUCCCACCAGCGAGUUGUGCGCCAGUCCGGACUUCAUUUGCAACAAUGAUGGAUAUGGGACGAGCAUCGACCGGGGUUCUUUCAGUUUUGUCGCCGGAGCGUGGAACCGUGUGACCCUCUAUGUGGGCCUGAACAGCCUCUUGAACAGUUCUGAUGGACAAGUCGCACUUUAUUACAAUAACACGCUCGCACUCACCGAGACGGACCUGCAGUAUCGCAACAGCUCCGGUAUAAACAUCGGCGGCCUCUUCUUCUCGACCUUCUUCGGAGGGAGCACCACUGCGUGGGCCACGCCGCAGACCGUGCACACGUACUUCCGCGACUUCCAGAUGUGGGGCAGCACGGCUGCCGCGUCGCCAGUUUCGUCUUCACCUCCAGCUUCCACGUCGACAGGUUCCAAGCCUAGUGGGGCCUCUUCUGUCCAGGUUGCAUGGAUCUCACUUGCGGGCGUUCUCUUUGUGGACGUAUUUUUUGCUGGAGGUUUGUUUUGGUAG